AUGGAAUCGAAUCGACAACGAAAAUCGGGAGAUCCAAUUCGAAUUGAAGACGUCGGCGCAUAUUCAAUCGACAUGAAAACAAAUAAGGUGACGAUUGGGUACGAUCAGAUUCCUCGUUUGAUUCCGAAUAUUGAUGACGUCAUCGGAACGAAUUUAGAUGAAGGAAUGGAGGAUUUCGAGGAUAAAUAUGGCGGCGAAAAACUGGAAAGCCUUCUCGAUUUCAUCAAAAUGCAAUGCAAACCUGGAACGGAUUUAAAGGAGCACAUUCAGGCAGAUUUUGUCACGAAUCGCUCCACAGUUUUGGCCCUUAUCACUUUACAACUAUGCAAGAUCAUUGCGGUUCGCGAAAAAGGCGUCAUAUUCUUAUACAAAGUGACAGACAAAUUGGGAGCAGCAAAGGUCGUUUUCCGUACUACACUCAAGGCUGGAUGGCGAUUGUAUUAUAGUGCAAGAAUCGAUGGAAUCGAUAAUAAUGGAAGAUAUGUUGAGAAAAAGCUGUCAUCUAUGUCUGUUGAUGCACAUGACAAGAGCUUGAAGAAAACGUUGGAUACAUUUCAGAAUUGUCUUUCGACAACCAAAACAAUUUUGAGAGGAAUCUACGAUACCAAUUACGUACUUUGCGAGAUUGAGCGCGAAAAUGUCGAGAUUUCCACAAUAUUCCCAAGACUGCGUGUGAUUGAGAAUAAUUUAAUGAUGAUUAGACGUCGACUUCAUCACGAUGGAAUGGCUUUCAAUAUUUAUUUCGAGUCUGAUUAUUCUUUUACAUUCGAGCAAUUGGACGAAUGCGAUCUUGUCCCGCAAGAUUUUCUUGAUCAUUUCUUAUAA